AUGUCGCCCAUAAGACCAUGGCCUAUACGGCCAUUGAGUCUGUUUUUAGCUAGUCUUGCCCUUUUUCCAAAUGUAGCUCAAGCCAGCCCGUCAGUCAACGUGGCCUUGAGUGCUUCGUUCAAUUCAGCUCCAUACCUCAUGGAACUCCUAGAAACGGCAGCUGAAGAGAACUCGACAUCUUAUUUUCCCCUCCUCGACCGCAUUGCCGACGGUAGAUUCGUGGAUGCCAUCACUGAGAAGGACCUUUAUGAACAAUUCAUCCAGGUACUUAGCGAAGAUGGCCAUAUCACGGAUCCUGUGGCCUUGUCAUCUUUCAAAUUUGCAUUGUCAAUUCGAUCCACCGCACCUCGAAUUCAGGCUCAUUACCAGUACUAUAACUCAUCGGUUGAAAAUUCGUUGAUGGCGGCGCAGGAUGCUGUGUGCCAGGUUUGGGCGCAUUAUGACGGAUCUCAGUAUUGCUCGCCCACUUUAGAGCGAGCUCAGCAGCCUUUGAUUGCUGGAAGGGAUGAGUCACUUGAGAAGUUGCUUCCUUUUGAUCGUGUGUUGGCCGUCCCGAAUGGUGAUGAUGAUGAAAGCCAGCAAUCCCUAGUUUUAUAUGCGGAUAUUACCUCACCUUUAUUCAGUGAGUUCCACAAGGCAGUCAGCAAGAGAGCCAGAGAUGGUGAGAUCACUUACCGGGUCCGUUACCGACCUUCGACGAUUGCUUCUGGACCAUCCAAGCCCCUUUUUGUCAGCGGGUAUGGAGUUGAACUUUCUCUCAAGCGUACCGACUAUAUCAUGAUUGAUGAUCGCGCUGAGGAAAAAGGAGGCUCUACGGGGUCUACCUCAGACUCAAAGCCCACGUUGGCGGCCGAUGGACUCUCUGGCAGCCCUACGGCUGAUCUAGAGCCUCUGUCUUCGUCCGAAGUGUCGACCCUCGGAUUGAAUGCUGCUAGCUUUGUUCUGAAUAGCGAUGAUCCAUUUGAUACCCUAAUCAAACUAUCCGAUGAUUUCCCUAGACAUUCAAAGACAAUUGCUGGAGUCAAUGCCACGUCGGAGUUCCUCGAUGAAUAUAGAGAGAAUAGAGAAGAUGGACUGCAGCCUGGCAUAAACACCAUGUGGAUUAACGGUGUUCAAAUGUCUCCUCGAAAUAUCGAUGCCUUUUCUCUUCUGGCCCAUCUGAGACAGGAACGGAAACUCAUGAACUCACUUAACGAACUUGGGUUGCCAGUUACGGAAGCUGUCAAGCUCUUAUCUAAUCCUGCCAUCGCAAUGGCCCAGAAAGUGCACGGAAGCCAGAGGUUUGACUAUCGAGACGAUAUCGAGGGAGGAGGAGUUAUCAUUUGGCUCAAUGAUCUGGAAAAAGAUCCUCGAUAUGAAGGCUGGUCAGAGGAUAUCACCACGCUUUUGCAACCUACGUAUCCUGGCCAGUUCCAUGAGCUCCGCCGUGAUGUUCACAACGUCGUCAUGCCUUUAGAUAUGGCAGAUAAGGAGGACAUUACUGUUUUUGUUGAGGAGAUACAAGCAUUUGUCUUGAAUAAAGUCCCUAUCAGAUUUGGAUUGGUUCCAACCCAGGGCAGCGACCUUUCAAAGCAGCAGGCAAAGAUUGCUUAUUAUUUGCUGAAAACUUAUGGGCUGGAGUCUAUGUUCAGUUACUUUCCGAGAGGUGCUUACGUCCAUGCUCUAGAUAUGCUCUGCUCAGAAAUUCUCUUUCCCAGCAAACUCGAUUUUGAAAUGGCUAUAAAGGACAAGGAGCCGAAAGACGAUCAACCGACAAUUUUGUCCGAAGAUAGAUUAGCCGCUGAUGGAGAGAACCCUCCCAUAUAUGCCAACGCUAUCCCGCUUGAGCGUGACGAGAGAUGGGUGCACUUCCUGAUUGAUAAAUUGUUCAAAGACGUGCAGGGUAUGCAGCAACGUAUCUACGAAGGGGAGUACAAGGAAGACGCCUGGCUCCCCGGUUUUUACCUGGAAGAGGCAUCUCCAAAACGCAACGCAUUGGUUAUCCCCGAAGACCCUAGCGACGUAACCGUGAAAAGCAUAAACGACGCUUAUUCAAAACAUAAGGAGGCUUUUGAGACCAUUCCUCGAAUACCAGGGAACAGUGAAUCUACCAUUGAAAAAUGGGCUCAACUUGCGCUGGUUAUGGACUUGGACGAUGAACAUGGUGCAAAGCUGUUGGCUAACGCAGUUGUCUUCCAUAAAAUGAAUCCUGAGGUGGAGAUAUUGAUACUUCAUAAGCCUUCUACGCCAGCUAAGGAGCCAGGCUUGUCUACUGAGCUGCAUAGCCUCCUUAAUGGCGGACGUGAUCUGGAUACAGAUGCUAUCAAUGCUUUAUUUGACAGGGAAGCAAAGCGCAAGGGUGCCUCAGCCGAUGCCCAAGGUUUCUACUCGACUAUUCAACCAGUGAUAGCUGAAUUAGGAGCUGACGAAAAUUGCAUGCAUGUUCUCCUUAAUGGAAGGUUGAUCGGGCCUCUUAACGAUACGACAAUUUUAGAUGUUCAAGAUCUUGAAUUGACACUACAGUAUGAGCGCUCUAAGCGUCUUGUUCCUGUAGUAAAGGCCCUUGAGUCACUGAAAGAAACCGAAAAAAUCCGCGACCACCUUGCUUUUUCAAGGCUUACAUCCAUGGUGGCUCUUUCAACGAUUUCAGAUAUCCCACAGGGAACUUUCCAAAGCGCCCCGAUGAUCCGCACUGAAAUUUUCAAUAGCUGGGCUACCAAGCAUUCAGCAAUUACCAUUUCGAACACAGAAGCUCCUUUGGUUAAAAUUGUUGCAACGUUAGACCCAGCAACGGAAAUUGUUCAGCGGUGGGUUCCUAUCUUGAAACUUCUGUCUGAACUCCAUGGUGUCUCUCUGAAGAUAUUCUUGACUCCUCUAGAGAACAUAAAGGAAUUACCAGUCAAAAGGUUCUACAGGCAUGUCCUGGAAGCUACACCAUCCUUCCACGAAGAUGGUUCUCUUAAACGACCUGGUGCAUCUUUCCACGGGCUUCCGCAGGAAGCAUUGCUGAAUCUCGGCAUGGAUGUUCCCUCUUCAUGGCUUGUGGCACCCAAGGACUCAGUCCAUGAUUUAGACAACAUCAAGUUGAGCUCUCUGAAAGAAGGUACUAACGUUGAUGCCAUCUAUGAACUUGAACAUAUCUUGAUUGAAGGCCAUUCACGCGACAUGCCCAAGAACAAACCUCCAAGAGGGGUCCAGCUACUUCUCGGAACCGAAAGGGACCCUCAUUUCACUGACACCAUUAUUAUGGCAAAUCUCGGCUACUUCCAGUUCAAGGCACAGCCAGGACACUGGCAGAUAACAUUAAAACCCGGUAGGAGCGAAAACAUCUUUAAUCUCGAUAGCGUUGGUGGUAUGGGCUACACUCCUAAGCCGGGUGACGAUAAUAACGAAGUUUCACUGCUAUCAUUCCAAGGAAAGACGUUGUUCCCUCGCUUGUCUCGCAAACCUGGCCACGAGUCGGACGAUGUCCUCGAGGAUGGAGCUAAGAAACAAGGCUCAGCAAAGAGUAUUCUCUCCCAAGGGCUUAACUUCGCAUCCGGUGUUUUCUCUGGUGUAGCAAAGACGCGAAAGGAGAAACAUGCGGACAUCAACAUUUUCUCUGUCGCCAGUGGCCACUUGUACGAACGAAUGUUGAAUAUCAUGAUGCUAUCUGUCACAAAGCACACGAAACAUUCUGUCAAGUUCUGGUUUAUCGAGCAAUUCCUCUCACCUUCAUUCAAAACAUUUGUCCCUCAUUUGGCUGAAAAGUACGGAUUUUCCUACGAGAUGGUUACAUAUAAAUGGCCACACUGGCUCCGCCCACAGCGUGAGAAACAGAGAGAAAUUUGGGGGUACAAGAUCCUCUUCCUUGAUGUUCUUUUCCCGCUAUCACUGGACAAGGUUAUUUUUGUGGAUGCAGACCAAAUCGUCCGUACUGAUAUGUACGACCUCGUUUCUCUCGAUCUCGAGGGAGCUCCAUAUGGUUUCACGCCAAUGUGUGAUUCCCGUACCGAGAUUGAAGGGUUCCGAUUCUGGAACCAAGGAUACUGGAAACGUUUCUUGCGCGGCCGACCAUACCACAUUUCUGCGCUUUACGUUGUUGACUUGAACCGCUUCCGUGCUAUUGCGGCUGGUGAUAGACUCAGAGGGCAAUAUCAAUCUCUCUCCGCUGACCCAGAGAGUUUAUCCAAUCUUGACCAGGACCUACCGAACCACAUGCAGCAUUCCAUUCCUAUCAAGAGUCUUCCGCAGGACUGGCUUUGGUGCGAGACUUGGUGCUCUGAUGAGUCUCUCAAGACGGCGAAAACAAUCGACCUGUGUAAUAACCCGAUGACCAAGGAACCAAAACUCGACAGGGCGAGAAGACAGGUACCCGAGUGGACUGUUUAUGACGAGGAAAUCGCACAGCUGGCAAGGACAGUGGGCGCGAAAGACGUUGAGGCGGAACAUACAGCCCCCAAGGAAACAGAAGAGACAGAGCCAGAGGAUGCGAAUAAGGAUGAGUUGUGA